AUGGGGAGAUGCUUGACUCUCAUUUUACUGAUUUCAGUGGUAAUACUCACCACAACUGACAGUGUGAAUGUGAGGUUGGUUGGUGGUCACAGUCGCUGUGUUGGUAGAGUGGAGGUUCUUCAUAGAGGUCCGUGGGGAACAGUGUGUGACGAGGAAUGGGAUUUGCCUGAUGCUGCAGUGGUGUGUAGAGAGCUGGACUGUGGAGAACCUGUAGAUGCUCUGGGUGAUGCUCAUUUUGGACCAGGAUCAGGACCAAUCUGGAUGACUUUUGUCUUGUGUACUGGAUCAGAGUCCACAUUAAAGAACUGUGGGUCAUUUGGAUGGGGUAAAAAUAACUGUGAUCAUUCUAAAGAUGCUGGAGUCAUCUGCUCAGAAGUCAGGCUGGUUGGAGGUUCUCGCUGCUCUGGGAGGUUAGAGAUACUUCAUGAUCAGACGUGGAUGUCAGUGUGUGACGCUGCCUUUGACCAGCAGGAUGCAGAGGUUGUGUGUAGAGAGCUGGACUGUGGGGCUCCUGUACAGGUGCUGGGAGCAGCUGCUUUUGGAAAAGGAGGCGCUCAGAUGUGGACACAAGAGAUUCAGUGCAGAGGAAAUGAAUCUCAGAUUCACCUCUGUUCAACAUCACCAUCAGUCAAAAGCAACUGUUCUCAGAAACACAUCAUUGGUUUGCUGUGUGCUGACAAAAUAAAUGUGAGGUUGGUUGGUGGCCACAGUCGCUGUGCUGGUAGAGUGGAGCUUCUUCAUAGAGGUCAGUGGGAAACAGUGUGUGACGCUGGUUGGGAUUUGGCUGAUGCUGCAGUGGUGUGUAGAGAGCUGGACUGUGGAGAACCUGUAGAUGUUCAGGGUGAUGCUAAUUUUGGAUCAGGAUCAGGACGAAGCUGGAUAAAAAAUGCAUUGUGUACUGGAUCUGAGUCCUCACUUAAGAAUUGUGGAUUUGUACCAUUGCUUUAUCAUGACAGCUGUCUUGAUAAAAAUGCUCAAGUCAUUUGUUCAGAAGUCAGGCUGGUUGGAGGUUCUCGCUGCUCUGGGAGGUUAGAGAUACUUCAUGAUCAGACGUGGAUGUCAGUGUGUGACGCUGCCUUUGACCAGCAGGAUGCAGAGGUUGUGUGUAGAGAGCUGGACUGUGGGGCUCCUGUACAGGUGCUGGGAGCAGCUGCUUUUGACAAAGGAGACGCUCAGAUGUGGACACAAGAGAUUCAGUGCAGAGGAAAUGAGUCUCAGAUUCACCUCUGUCCAACAUCACAAUCACACGAAAACAAUAGUUCCCAUGAUGUUGGUCUGGUGUGUGCAG